AUCUGCGGAAACAGAGGCGCAGUCUGCAACGCGGCGCAGUUUUCACACUUUCACCGUGUCGCGUGUGGUUUACUCGUUGAUGCGGGGAGAAAGUUGUGGACAUGUUUUCCUGGAAGUGCACGGUUUUACGGAUACCCUGUGCAACACUGUAACUCCAGCCUUUCAGCAGCCUUUCCUCUCUGUUCAGACUUGGGAGGAUUUUUUUCCGCCACACAGUAAAGUCGCCUCUUCGCCAUAUUGUGCGCCGUGAAACUCGAGAGAAAGUUGUCAGAGUUAUGACAUUUGCUGCGCACAAUCCCUUCAUGGAGCUGCAUGCAGUCGACUUUGAUCGCAACCAAAGUGACUCCAUGGAGCUGGUCAUGGAGAGCUCCGUGCGUCACUGAUCAGGGUCCAGGGCCCUAAAAAAAAAAAAAAAGGAUGAGAAGAAUGGACAACCACUGUCAGAUUUGAUUCUGGAAGGAGGAUUUUAAAGCUCCUAACCCUGCACUUUCCUUAGGGAUUUCUCUUUCCUCCCAGAUACUUCCUUCUACACAAUUCAGCCACAGACAGUGAGCACACACUACCACAGCAAAACCCCCAUUUUCCAUGCUCAGAAAGCAAGAUUUAGAACUUUGACUCCCAACAUUUCUGUACUUAGAGUCUUACUAUGAGUCUUCCUCCUCAAGUUAAUACUGACAAGAGCGGCAAGCUUCGAGCUGCAGCCAUGAAAGAGCCUGUGCAGCAUCCAGGUGAAGUCUAUUAUGGGAUGGGACCUCCGACUUUAGAGUCAAGCCACAGUGAUGCUGCAAGCAGUUCUGGGGUUUAUAACCCAGAGAAAGGGCCCCAAAAUCUGCAGCACUAUCAGCAGGCUCCAGUAAAGUGGGUGCACCAGGACUCCUUACAGGGCCCCGGGUGGUCCCAGGAGGCCCCCGUGCCAACAUGGGGGCAGAAUUUUGGAUCGUAUAUGGGUGGAGUAAACAUCAGAGGUCAAAUGCCAUUCCACAAAGGGGUUCAUGAAGGUGUAGCUCUGCCGAUGGGGGGAGAGAAUCAGUUGGCGGGUUCUGUUGAUGUUUAUAGAGAUGCCCCCCAGGCUCAGGGAAGGGGGCUGGAGUGGGAACAGCACGCAGCAGCUGCAAUGCACCAGGCUCAGUUACAGGCCUAUCAACAUGGGCACAAAGGUGUAGAACUCCAGGGCCAGCCUCACACCUCAUCUCACACCCUGCAGGCGUCCAUGCUGCAGCCUUUCCAGACAUUCAGGCCCAGCAAGCAGCAGUUUUCAUCUGGGUAUUACUCUGGUUUCCCGGGAAACAAGGCAAUGCCAGGUCUAGCUUAUGGCGAGCAGCCAAACGCUCAGCAACCACUGCUGCACCAGAUGCAACAGCAACCGAUGCAUCAUCACCAUCAGCAGCAGCAGCAGCAGCAACAACAGCAGCAGCAGCAGCAACAUCACCAGCAUCACCUUCAACUGCAACAGCAUUUGCAACAGCAGCACCAAAUCCAACAGCAUCAAAUGCAACAGCAACAGUUGCAGCAAAUGCAGCAGCAGUACCACCAGCAAAAGCUACAGGGGCGCCAGCAACAAAUUCAACAAAUACAGCAACAACCGCAGCAGCAAAUACAACAAAAUGUGCCACAGCAAGAAGCAACACAACUACAACUGCAGCCAAAACAGCCACAAAGUCAAAACUUCAUGAGUUUUCAGCCUCCUGAGCCUUGUCAACCUGACAUCGUGCCUAAAAAGGAAGAUGUUCCAUCUAUGGAGCAGCUGCAGAAAUCAGAGGUCCAGGCCCCUGCCGUGUCUGCUGCUCUAGACCCCUGCCCUGAAAAGGCCGCCCCAAAUCCUGCAGAACCCUCAGAUUCAGGGGCAGCUCCCCCUCGAAGAUCACGGCGCCUUUCGAAAGAUGGACAAUCCCCUCUGGGUCCUCCUCCGACAAACAUCUGGUCUCAGGCCUCCAGAGAGCCUCCGCUGUCCCAGAAUGGAGUAACAGGCGCUCAGGCCACCAGAGGAGGAGAAGUGACAACAGGAGGGGUCAUCCAGAGCACGAGAAGGAGAAGGAGGGCCUCAAAGGAGAUCAACCUGGAGACUUUAGCCAACCAGGCGUCACAAAGGGAGUCCCUGCCGGCGAAAAUCAUCAAGGAGGACGGUCCCUCGGGCAGGCAGGCUAACAUGGUGCCCCUGGUGAUCCCGGUGUCUGUACCGGUGCAUAGGAGUCAUGCGGAUCCUCAGGGCGCCUGGGCUCAGGGCCGACCCGGUCCGGGGGAGCGCGCUGCAGGGCAGUCGGACCAUAAACCCUCUGUCAUUGUGGCUCGGCGGCGAUCGCUCAGAAACCCCAUGACUGAGAGUUUGGGCCAGGAUGGAGAAAAUGACUCAGGCCAGGACGAAGAUGGAAAAUCCAAAUUUAAGCGCAGACCGCGUCCUGAUCCGCUCAUCAUCCCUCCUCCCAAACCAUCCACGUUCAUCCCUCCAUCCGUCUACUCCAGCAUCACCUCCUACCAGAGCAACCUGCGCUCCCCAGUUCGCAUACCGGAAAACCCCCUCAGCCUUCCUCCUUACACCCCUCCACCCAUCCUGUCUCCUGUACGAGGGGGAUCAGGACUCUAUUUCUCCACCUUCUUGACUAACAUCGCCGCGAGCAACCAAAUCCUCCCACCGCCGGCUACACCCAAAUCUGCAUCACUUAGUCUCUUACGGUCAUCAAGUUCAGAGAUCACACCUCCGGACCUGCCUUUAAUUACUGAUGCAACGCCUGUUAGCUUUGAGCCACGUAUCAACAUCGGGCAUAAGUACCAGGCUGACAUCCCAGAGUUACAAGAUCGAUCUUCCUCCCAGUUCGACCUCCAUAAGGCUGAUUUGGUUUGGCUUCCUAUCGACAACUCCAAGCUGAAACAUGGUCACCAGGAGAGGAUGGAGGUUUUGAUGAACAUGGCCUGUUCCAGCGUUCUCAGCGGUGGAGGGACCAAUCAGGAGCUGGUUUUGCACUGUUUACAUGAAUGUGGAGGUGAUUUUAUUGCGGCGCUGGGACGUUUGAUGCUCCAGGACCCAGUUAUCCCCAAAGGCCAUCACCUGGCAGAUUAUCACUACUCAGGCUCUGACAGCUGGACUGCAGAAGAGAAGCGCUACUUCAACAAAGGCAUCGCUGCUUACAGGAAGGACUUCUUUAUGGUGCAGAAACUGGUGCAGACUAAGACGGUGGCUCAGUGUGUUGAGUUCUACUACACCUACAAGAAACAGGUGAAGGUCGGUCGCAAUGGGAUUUUGACCUUCGGCCCUCCAGAUUCACCGGUGGAGAAACACACCGAGGUCGUAGUGGAUGUAAAGAGUUCACAGCAGCCAAACGUAACUCAAGGAGAGGAGGUUGAAGGUGACAAGAAGGAGGUUUCUCGUGACCAGAGUCAGGAAAGCAGCCAUCAGGACAGCUCACACUGCACCUUAAACACACAUCGAACACAUUUGGCAGUAAGGGUGCUGGUGCUUAAAGAACCAGAACAUGUGAUCAGAGAGGCCCUGCAGUCUUCGGCUCCUCCCAGGACGCGACCUGAGCCUGCAGCGAAGAAGACCAGAGCACCGACGAAACCUCCGCAAGAUCCUGAUGCAGUAUUUCCGUGCAAAAAGUGUGGCAGGGUGUUUUACAAAGUGAAGAGCCGAAGCGCUCACAUGAAGAGUCACGCCGAGCAGGAGAAGAAGGCUGCAGCGCUGAAGCAGAAAGAGGAGGAAGAGCAGGCAGCAGCCGAAGCUCGAGCCAGGAAGGCGGCGGCGGCGGCGGCGGCGGCGGCGGCUCAUCGAAGAGGGAACGGAGAGACAGACCAGGGUGAGAUGAGCGGCCAGGACGAAUCAUCCGAGGGUGAUGAUGAUGACGAUGAGGACUGGCAAUGAGGCACGAAAAAACCGAGGACAAAUCAAUGAGGAGAUGGACCGACGAUCAGAUAAAAGGCAGAGGGAUGAGAAGAGAACGGAGCAAAGCACAAGAAAAUAACUUUGUCGUUUUCUUGUUGAUCCUUCACGUUAAUUUCCUGGCUGCUCUUUUUGAACUCUUCGAUCUAGCUUUACAAAAAUCAGCCAGGAAAACACACUCCACUUUUACACGCAUUUGUACCUUUUGAAUAUUCAGAGGAAGUUUAUUUUUUUGUAAAGGCACUUAUACUGUAUGCUUCUGCUUUUGCCAAUAUCACUUUUUAUAUUCUUUAUUUAAUUGAAUAUAUGUCAAAAUAUUCUACAUUUCCACUCUUUGGACUUGUAAUGGUUAUUUGAUAUUUUAGGUAAUCAGGAUGUUUUUUUUUAGCAAAAAAAGAUCAAAUCUUUUCCUUUGUAGUAGCAGCCCUUCUUGAUAAAGAUACAAAAAGAGAUUGUAUUUAAAACCUUAGGAUAUACUGUGUUGAAUUUUUCAGAUUUCGAUCUGAUUUUUAGGUUGGUUGUGAACUUAUUUUUACAACAAAGGGACCUUUUAAAUGAAAUUGUACAAAAAAAGUAUAUAUAAAAUUGCCAUAUAUUUAUGAUACAGCAUUUUGCAAUGAUUAUGGUAAUAUAAAAACUAAUCAUGUCAACUGCAAUAUUAAUUGUGAAUUGAAAAGUUUAUUAAAAUCUCUACUGUUUUGAA